CGAAGCAACAAUUGUACAGCGGCUCUUCAGGACCGGAGGUGUUGGGAGGCUUGCAUGGACCGGCUGGGUUGGAAUAUGACAUUAGAGGCGGAUAGGACUGCUCUUUGGGCGAAAACGGAAGGGUUAAUCAAAGUCUUCCAGGAUGACUCCUGGCCUCUCUUUCCUUUCAUCUUCUAAAUUUUUGUACAGCAUCAAUACCCCUUUUUUCUUAGUGACUGCUGUUUGGGCGGCACAAAUUCAUAUUGUCUCCAAUACGGAGGUUGCGAGUCGUUACAGAGCUUCCUUUAUGAGAGAAGAGGCGGCAUCGUUACCCGGGAUCAGGCUACACUCUGAAAAUCAACCUUGCAAAAUCUAUAUACAUCCUGCACUAGGAGAGGUUGGGUUAACCGGCGAAGCAGCGGGGCUGCGGAGGAGGCGUCACUGCGGUUAUUAUAUAACUAGUUUGAGCUAAUCCCGACAAGGCCAGACGUUCCUCUGUAACUCCUGAUACCUCAACACGAGAAGCUGACCGUGCG